UAACACGCGCGCACACGCACAUGCACACACACCAGUCCUCUCAACCUUCAGAUCAGUACAUCCCACUAUGCUUUGCGAUGGUCUGACAAGUGGAUCCAAGAUGGCGUAGAAAGUAAAGCUAGACGUUUUGUCCCUGAGUCAUGGCGGACAGGAGAGCGGAGAAAUCAUGUGAAGAAGCCAGCAGAUCGUUAGCCAGACGGGACUACGAGGCGGCAGUCAGCCACAGCACGGACGCCUUGGUGGUCCUUGCACCCCAAGCCCCAUCUUCCAGUGCCCCAGUCCCGCCGAGCCCUCCAUCCCUUGUCGCCGCCGCCGGACCACUCCGCAGCCGUGUCCUGCUCUACCGAAUUGCUGCCUUCCUGCAGUUGAAAAACUAUGAUGAAGCAGAUGAAGACUGCAAACAUGUCCUGGCAGAAGAGAUUGCCAGGGGAGACGGUUCGCUACAGGCCAGCGUGCGCUCCAUGUUGUUGGAUGGCAGCCUGCAGGAGGUGGUCAGCAUCCUUUCUAAAGCCUUGUAUGGAGAGCCAAUGAAUGGCAUUGUCACAAAAGACCUCACCAGAUUAAAAAUGCUCUUCUCAGAAAUAGAGGCUAUAAAUAGGGAGAUGGCACCAGAAUACACAGAUGAUCAGGAGGAAGAGGUCCAAGAUGGCUGGCAGUUUCGUCCUCCUCCCCGAGGAGUCACCAGCAGUGAGGAGUACACCCUCUGUAAAAGGUACUUGGAGCAGGGUCUGUGUCGGUACGGGGCCCAGUGUACAUCAGCCCACUCGCAGGAGGAGCUGAUGGAGUGGCAGAAGCGCUAUGCGUCACGCCUCAUCCGCCUCAAACAGCAGCAGGAGAGCAAACACUUCACCGAGAACUACAUGGAGACCCUGAUAGAGAAGUGGAUGAACUCCCUGUCCCCAGAGAAAGUGCUAAGUGACUAUUUAGAAGGAGUGAAUGUAGAAACCAGCUCCAGCCUCUCUGUUACCGUCACCACCAAAAAGUCCUCUCACUCCUGGACCUUCUCUUUGUUGUGCAAGCCGGCUAGAAAGCUGUACCGCAUCGCCCUGCUCUAUGAUGCCCACCGACCACACUUCUUCAUCACCGGUGUGUCAGCUGGGGAGCGGCUACAAGCCGUCCCCAAAAGCUGCCAAGAGUGGACUCCAGGAGAGGAAACAGCAGUGGUAGCAGACAAUGGCCUGGACCACUGUGUCUACAAGGUAGCAGUGGGCUUCAGCACAGAAAUCUUUGGUACCUUCCGACAGACCAUUGUUUUUGACUUCGGCUCAGAGCCUGUGCUGAUGCAGCGGAUCAUGGUGGAUGCUGCCUCUAUUGAAGACCUAGAACACCUGAUGGCAGCCAGGCAGCAGCUCUUGAUGACUGCAAAGCGCUGGGACUCUUCUUGUAAAACCAUUGUAGAAUUCAUUCCUAACGAAACGAUGGCUGAACUGGAGCGCAGCCUCCUCUCACGCUAUCAGAUCCCUCUGUCGGCCGACCAGCUCUUCACCCAGUCAGUCCUGGACAAGACUCUGACCAAAGACAACUACCAGGCCCGACUGCAUGACCUGCUCUACAUAGAAGAGAUUGCACAAUAUAAGGAAGUUAGCAAGUUCAACAUCAAAGUGAAUCUGCAGCUAGUCACCAGCUUUAUGCUGACCGGCAUUUCUGUUGGAGCCAAGUAUGCCCAGAAUGGACAGCUCUUUGCACGCUUCAAACUCACUGAAACACUUUCUGAGGACACAUUGGCUGGGCGGCUAGUGAUGACCAAGGUGAAUUCAGUCCUGCUGCUGCCACUGGGCCGUGAGGGGGUCAGCAGCCAGCCACCUCCUGGGGUCAAAGAGCGAGUUUACGAGGCUGUGAUCGAGGAGAAGACCAAGGACUACAUCUUCCUAAGGAUCUGCAAGGACUGCUGUCUGGAGUUGGGGCUACAGCCUGACAGAGAAAUACAGGUGGAGCUCCAGUUCCAGCUGAACAGACUGCCACUCUGUGAGAUGCACUAUGCCCUGGAUCGCAUCAAAGAUAAUACCAUCCUUUUUCCUGACAUUGGCCUUGUCCCCACCAUCCCCUGGAGCCCCAACAGGCAGUGGGACGAGCAGCUGGAUCCCCGUCUGAAUGCCAAGCAGAAAGAGGCCAUCCUAGCCAUCACCACACCCGUCUCUAUUCCCCUGCCCCCAAUCCUCAUCAUUGGGCCCUACGGCACCGGCAAGACCUUCACCUUGGCACAGGCUGUCAAACACAUCCUCCGCCAGGACCACAGCAGGGUCCUGAUCUGCACCCACUCCAACAGUGCGGCUGACCUUUACAUUAAGGACUACCUUCAUCCUUACGUUGAAGCAGGCAAUCCACAUGCCAGACCUCUCAGGGUAUACUUCAGGAACCGCUGGGUGAAGACGGUUCACCCAGUGGUCCAGCAGUACUGUCUCAUCUCCAGCACACAUGUCACUUUCCAGAUGCCCACAAGGGAGGACAUCCUCAGGCACCGUGUGGUGGUGGUCACCCUCAGCACCUCCCAAUACCUCUGCCAGCUUGACUUGGAGCCCGGGUUGUUCACUCAUAUCCUAUUGGAUGAAGCGGCCCAGGCCAUGGAGUGUGAAACCAUCAUGCCUUUUGCUCUAGCUAGCAAGACCACCCGCAUUGUGCUUGCUGGAGACCAUAUGCAGCUCAGUCCAUUUGUGUACAGCGAGUUUGCGCGGGAGCGUAACCUGCAUGUGUCACUGCUGGACCGACUGUAUGAGCACUACCCUCCUGAAUACCCCUGUCGCAUCCUCCUGUGUGAGAACUAUCGCUCCCAUGAAGCUAUCAUCAACUACACAUCAGAAUUAUUUUAUGAUGGGAAGUUAAUGGCAAGUGGGAAGCAGCCCUCCCACAAGGACUUCUACCCUCUGACCUUCUUCACAGCCAGAGGAGAAGAUGUCCAGGAGAAGAACAGCACUGCCUAUUACAACAACGCUGAGGUAUUUGAGAUCGUGGAGCGGGUGGAGGAGUUACGCAAGAAGUGGCCAGUGGCCUGGGGCAAGCUGGACGAUGGCAGCAUUGGAGUGGUGUCACCAUACGCUGACCAGGUGUUCCGCAUUCGUGCUGAGCUCCGAAAGAAGAGAAUGCAUGAGGUCAGCGUGGAAAGAGUGCUCAAUGUCCAAGGUAAACAGUUCCGGGUGCUGUUCCUCAGCACGGUGCGGACGCGGCAUACCUGCAAGCACAAGCAGACGGCCAUCAAACGUAAAGAGCAGCUAGUUGAGGACUCAACGGAGGACCUUGACUAUGGAUUCCUCUCCAACUACAAGCUACUCAACACGGCCAUCACCAGAGCCCAGUCCCUGGUUGCAGUUGUCGGAGACCCAAUAGCACUGUGCUCUGUUGGGCGCUGCAGAAAAUUCUGGGAGCACUUUGUCUCCAUCUGCCACGAGAACUCGAGCCUACAUGGCAUCACCUUUGAGCAGAUCAAGGCUCAGCUGGAGGCCCUGGAGCUGAAGAAGACCUAUGUCCUGAACCCAUUGGCCCCAGAGUUCAUCCCCCGUGCCCUCAGGCCCAUGCAAGGGCACCACUCUUCUUCGCAGACCCUCCAUCCCCACCAUCAUCCACAUCCUCAGCACGUGCAGCCCGCCUCCAACAAGCUGGGUCCACAGCAGCAGCAGCAACAGCAGCAACAGUCACCCCCUAAAGGGAAACAUGCAAACCACACAGAGCACCUUCCACCUGAUGGAUAUGUCCAACCCAACCCAGCCGUGUUGAUGGGAAACCCUAUUCGGGCAUUCACACCACCUUUGGGUGGCACACCAGCUGGGAUGGGCAAGUCACCCAGUCCUGUUCAGAGGAUAGAUCCUCAUACGGGUGCCAGUAUCCUCUAUGUUCCAGCCGUAUAUGGUGGAAACAUGGUCAUGUCCAUGCCCCUGCCUUUGCCUUGGCCGGGUUACCAGAAUCGCUUUGCUGUGGACCCUCGCAUCAUGAGCCACCCGGCAGCCAUGGCCUACAACUUUAAUCUGUUGCAGGCCCAGAAUCGAGGCUCCCCCAUCCCUUACAGUGGGGUGACCCACCCCUCUCCUCUAGGAAUGGGCCAGCCCAGCCCUGACAAGGAGCUACAGGCAGACCCCAUCAGAAAUGGUAAAUUAGAAGGAUGUCCAAAGUCUGAACAGAGCCGUCUUCAGACACCAGAGAGGAAAACUGCAGACAUGAAGGAAAAACAGGGAGAUUUGGACACAGGCCAAAGUCGAAGUCUAGACUCGCAGUCAGAUGGGCUAGUUGGAUUUCCCAAUGCGCUGCUCCAUCGAAAAGAUCCCUCAGCUGCCCAAAGACCCCUCAGCUACCACCUGGCACCACCCAACCAAGCUUUUCCUCCACAUGCAGCCAGUGGAAGAGCCUUCCCCCCACAGUAUCCAGUCUCCAGGCUUCCUUAUCGGGUCAGCCAGCCUCAACACCCAGGAAUGGCCCAACAGAGUCAACAGCAGCAGCAACAGCUCAGCCCUGCCUACACUGGUGGUAGCCACAAUGCCUCCUUCUUCAGUGGCCCCAUACCCCCUCACAGGGCUGUCCAGUCGCCCACUUUGGAUGGGCCAGAGCCUGGAGGGGUGGAGGAGAUGAGUAGCUCCAUUAGGACUCCAAUGGGCCACCCAGGGGGCCACCACCCAGGCCUGUCACAGCAUAACAGGGUCAACAGCUUUGGGGAGGACGGACAGGAUGGAAGCCUGGGAGAUAGUCUGGACCUCCAGGGUCCCUUAGCUCUAGAGGCCCUCAGCCAGCAGCAGCAGGCAGCCAGGCUUGGCCAGUGGGGGGAGGCAGCAGGCCCUUUCCUCCAGGGCAGCGUUGCCUUCCCUCUACCCCAACAGCUCGCCCACCUUGCUCAGCCCGGCAUGGCUCGCUUCCCCCAUCAGCUGCUCCGGGCAGCUAGUUGGGGCCUUAGUGCCAAUAUGGAGGAUGAAGCUAUUACUUCUGCCCCCACUGGGCCACCCUUCACCAGGUACCCAGGCCUCUUGAGAGAGAUGCCCCCACAGGAACAGCCUGAAGCCAGGGAAGCAGCUGAGAUGCAGCCCCCACCUCAAUCUCGUCUCCUCCAGUACCGCCAGUCCCAGUCCCGUGCCUCAGGUGACCCUUCAUCCUCUUUAGCCACCCCCUCCAAUCAUGCUGGCCCUUUCCCAUCAGGACCUUACUCCCAUGACACCGGCCGCGAUCUCCUUAAAGACAGCCUUCUCAACAACCCAGCUCUGCAGCAGCAGCACCCGGGGAACCCCCUGUAUAAUACUGGUAGCUACCCACAUCAGCCACAAGCCCACUCUGCCAGCCCCCCUCCCUCCCAGGUCAAAUACCUUCUGCAAGAGGCCCAGUGGUCUCAUGCUGGAGCUGCAUCAGUGAGCCCACCACAGCAGAACCACCUGUUAGGGAACCAGGGCCACGGCCUUCCUUAUGGACUGCCCAUCAUGGCUCACCCCAGCAGGCAGGAGCAAGUCCACCUGAUGCAACUUCACCAUCACCAUCAGCACCAGCAGCAGCAGCAACAACAACAACAACAGCAACAGCAACAGCAACAACACCAACAGAGUCAAGGUCCAGACCAGGAGUCCUACCACCCACUGUCCCCCAGAACAUCAGCAGCCGCAGCCCUUCACAAUGUAGAUGAGUAUGAACCCAGAGGUCCAGGCCGGCCCCUCUAUCAACGCCGCAUCUCCUCCAGCUACCCAGAUGAAUCGUCUCCAGCCAACACCCACAAUGCCCUGUCCCAGCAUUCCCAGCCCUGUCCGUCAGACCCCCAGGACCACCCUCAUCCGCACAUACAGCAUCAUCAGCAUCCACACACCCCCUACAGUUACCCCUCUGGCCAUGACCUCUGGCCCAGUAAUGGUGGGGGUCCCGGUCCGUUCCAGAACAUUCCAUGUAACGGAGCCGGCACACUCGCUCAGCACCGGGACCUUCUAGCUUCCAAGGCCCUUCGUCAGACGGAGGAGCAGGUGAAGGUCGAGGCCACAGCAGCACAGCAGGCGCACCCACACUCCCUCAACUCCCUUCAGCAUCUUGGACAGUUUCCUCCUCUCAUGUCCAAUAACAAGCAGCAGCAGCAGCAGCAACAACAACAACAACAACAACAACAACAACAACAGCAACAGCAGCAGCAGCAGCCACCGCCGCCACCGCCGCCACAGGCUCCCACAGAGGCCAGCCAGGGGGCUCCAAAUUUAAGCAAACCACCCACCAUGUCCUAUGCCAGCGCCCUCCGCGCUCCACCCAAACCCCGAGCUGUUCGCCCUGAACAGGUCAAAAAGAACAGCGACCCCCUCUCCCUCCUACAAGAGCUGAGUAUAGGAAGUUCAAAUGGUAGCAAUGGGUACUAUUCCUACUUUAAAUGAGUCACCUGACCUACAUAAUACAUAAGUAAUGAAAUAUAAAACUAAACAAAAAAGGCAAAACUGUUUCUAAAAACACAAAAAAAUAGUGCAAAGUGCAUUUACAAAUAAUUUCUAUCAGUAGGUUUGUUUUCUGCAUUUUGUUUCAUUUUAACUUUUUAUUUGUAACAGUCAUCUUUUCUCCUGUUUCACAUAUCUGUGAAGAAAAUAAGUAUAUAUAAUGAAUGCAUUACUGGUAUAUAUACAUACUCAUUAUGUAUAUAUGAAUAUAUACUUAUAUUAUCUGCACUUGUAUAUGUACGUAAUGCUAAAAAAUUUAGAAAAAAAUAAAAAAAAUAAAUAAAAAAGGCAAGAUUUGGUUGACCACUUAGCUACCUGCAUAUUUUUCCUUAUUGAAGUUGGUUUUGUUGGUUACUAAAUAAGUAUGUUGAAGUUUUUAUCAUUUUGUAUUCCUCAGUUUUGAGUGGACGUUACGUCUUGAUUUUCAUACUACUGUAGUUGUGGUAGCGGACAAAAGCUAAGUGGUCAACUGACACAGAAACUACAUGGAACAGUGUAUAGAAGUAGAUACAUUUUCCUCUAAUCUGUACAUAUAAAGAAAAUAAAAGACUGAAUUGUAUGCCACAGACAUGUCCUUAAAUUCCUGUAUCAUGCAAGCAUUUGCAUUAUGAAUUCUUUUCCGUUUGUCGGCUUCUGAUCCUUAAUUCUUAGACAUCCUUACCUGGGAGUCAUCUUCAGUGAUUUAGUAGUAAAUGCGAUUAUUUACUGAAAAAUAACAAUACAAAUAUUGAUUGCGCAUCUUCACUAAUGUCUCAUCAGCAACAAUAGAUACGGUGUGAAAAUUUCAAAGUAUCAACAACCAUGUCAUUCCUCCUUUGUUUUGAGGAUCAGAGAACACCAGACAUCGCUUUCUGUGAUAAGAUUAUCCCCAACUGCUUGGCUUGUGGCUGAUGCUCAGUCAUUUUAUUUGAUUUUAUUUCUUUUGUUUGUGUCGACAAAAUCUUUACCAGGGAAAUUGUUUCAAUAACUACUGGGGAUAUGAAAUGUGUUUGUUUUUUUGUCGCUAAUGGACAUUGAGCUUUUUUUUUUUUUUAAAGGUUGCAGUACUCUGAAGGUUUGUGAAAGUGAAGAGAGAGUGGUGAGGUCAGAGUGGUGUGUCAUGAUAGGUAAGUUGAAACUGAGGGUGUGAUCAACACUGCCAGUCAGAUGUUUUUGAACAUGCUCAAUGUUAACAUUUUUGGUUAAAUCUAAAGUAUAUUGAAACUGUAGAUUUAUAGUAAAUAUCCUGAAAUUUGAAAAUACACAUUAAUAAUAUAAUAUAAUAAUGAUGUAAUAAUAAUGUCUGUGGCUUUUUAUUUUAUUGGAAAUGGCCUAGAUCUUGGUCACUGUGGCAAACAGCAUACUGUGUAGCAUUCGGAUGUUGAUGCCGUCAAUGUGUUUAACACACUGUUGCUUUCACAGAUGUUUAGCAGUCAGAGUUUCCCAGUUUCUAGAUGACUUUUCAUAGUGUAAACCAGAUUGUUCAAAGAUCCUCUGCCAUUUUCUCUGUAAGACAAUCUUUUAAUCCCUGAGUAAUAUGAAGCUUAUAAUAAACAAUAAUCGCUUCUCUCUCUCUCGUAAGCUGAUAUUUUCUCCCAAUUCCACCAAAACCAAAAAAUAAAGUCAAAAGCAUUUCCCUAUCCCUAAUAAUAUUUUCUAAUUUCAGGGCAUUCAAAGCAAACAGUUCCCCCACCCCUUUCAACACUCUGCUUGAGAUUUAACCAAAAAAGUAACGCCAUAAAAGUGACUAUACAAUAAGCUGUUCAAAGACAUAUGACUGUUAAUGUGUCUCUUUUUAGACUGUGCAUAAUAAGAAUGAAUUGGUAAUGUCAUGGAAGUUGUUCCUGGUCAUUCAUAGAAAUACAUUAUUCACUUUGUCAUCUGAUCUUUAGUAUAUUAAUAUUAAAGCAGUAGAUGAAUUUAAUUCCCUUUCAUUUCAGUUGAAAAAGUUCUGACCAUGCUUUACAUUUGCUACAUCCCCAUUACUGUUUUUCUCUUACAAACUGAAACUCAUGAUGAACAUAACACAGGAACGUUCAUGUUUAAAUUCCAGUGAGUGAGUUGCUUGUCAUUAGUUGACACACAAGGAGGCCACACAGCUACACGCACAUGAAUUUCACUGCUAACGUACUGAUGCCCUGAUGAUUUAAGUCCCUUGCAGGUGAAAUAUAAAAAGAUGCUGAUACACUAUAUCUGCCAAGGUUUUUCCUUUAUGAUAAAAGCAAUACUGGAAACAGUCAUCCAGUGCUCGAUCCUGUUAUAUGUAAUCCAUUAAUUGUUAAAACACCACUGCCCCGUCUGAAAAACGGUGAAAUUGUUAUAAAAUCACCCCACUCUUUCAUAGUUUUCAAAUGGCAGUUAGUCACUGUUAAAUCUCUUGAAAUGUCACUUCCUCAGAAAGCUUCUACCCUACGGUUAAUAACUUAGAUGUGUUUUGAACAGUCAGCGGAGAGCUUCAUAAAGCUAUGGUUUUAUUUUUCAGUUUUGACAUUGUAAUUCAAAGGUCCAGACUUUUUGACUUAGUGGAGAACAACACAUUCUUGUAAAUAUGCAUUUUCUAGGUAUUUACAAACAAGAACUUUGGGAGCGCCUCAAUUUUGUAGAAGCUGUUCAAAGAAGAGGUAUGCCCUUUUUAAUUAUGCAAAUUCACAAAAAAUAAUGAUAAUUCUAGAAAUGGACAACAGACCAGUUGGCAGUUACAUCUUCUUGUAACUUUUUAGAUUUUUUUUUUUUUUUUAAGAUGGUGUCUGGCUGAUUUGACAAAGAGGAGAAUUUAUGUUGCAGCUGUUAUAAGACAACUUAUUUCACUGUAAAAUACAUAAUUUUAAAUAUGUUGCUGGAUUUGUCCUGUUCUGUUUUCUCACCACUUCACAGCUGUACAACAAUCAACAUGGAUUAUUUUAAUUUUUUUUUAUGUGAAGUCUUUACUUUUCAUGCAUGUUGAGAUGACCUGGCUGGUUUUUAUCCCUGUUUUUAUCAGUUUGUAUUGAUUUGUUGAUGGGGAAAAAAAGGAGGGGGAAAAAAAGCUUUUGUUAAACCUACAGAGUCAAAUUUUGGUUUUUUAUUUGAUGUGUACAAUAACUUGUGACAUUAUCAACAAAACUAUUAUAGUAUUUUACUAACAUGUCGAUCAAAUAUGUAAUGGUCAUGUAAGUUCUUUUUUUUUCUGCAGUUACUUAGCAGGGCUAAAGCUGAGGUUGCUCCCUGGUGUGUGUCAUAUUUAUCUUCAGUUUGUGUGGCAAAGCAGUCGUUGGCUAAUCUCUGAAGUUGUGCAAUACUAAUAUUUCACCACUUCUUCAACUACACUUUUAUUUAUUUUUGAAGAAGAAGAGAUUGAGCCAAAGACAUUUUAAAGGGAUUUUAUUUACACAUUUUCAUCAUUGCUUAUUUGUUUUUAAGGCUUAAUUUUUGUCCUGUCAAAAUCAGUUUCUCAGUGUUUUUGCUAUGAAACUAAGGGUUUUAACUCUUGCAAUGAAGUUGGAUUUGAAAUAUUUUCACCACCCGAUAUUGCACCAUACGUCAUCCUAUGAAUAAAACAUUCAUUGUGUGUGUGGCACACGGAAAGGGAGCAACCUUUUGCCCAGCCAGUAGAGAGCACUGUGUUCAGCCUUCUAUAAAUGCCACAUCUCUUCCUGUUCUCUGUUUGCUCUCCUCUGUUCUUCCCUCGCUGCAGUGAAUCAAUGGCACACCUGUUCUCCCAGCCUCCCAGUCCCAUUGGUUCCUCCCUCGUGGGUACAAAAUAAUGAAUAGAUCUGUUUUACUCUUCUUCAUUUCAAUUGGUGGUGGUUAUAAUAAAGGAUUUAGACUGUGUUUCAAAGGUUUAUUUUCUUUUUUAUUUGUUUCUCUAUUAAAGUGUUUUUAUUGAAA